GCUGGUCCGCUGAAAACUGGUAAGCGCGAAAGUAAAAUCUACCACUCACCUACUAUGCAUCCACCAACUACUCCACCCACUUCACCAGCUACCUUAACAACAACCACACCCGAAACUACAACGUGUACUUCACCACCUAUGCAUUCACCAACUACUGUUCCCACUUCACCAGCUACCCUACCAACAACCACGCCCGAAACUACAACGUCUACUUUACCACCUAAGCAUCCAACAACUACUGUUCCCACUUCAACAACUACCUUAACAACAACCACGCCCGAAACUACAACGUCUACUUUACCACCUACGCAUCCAACAACUACUGUUCCCACUUCAACAACUACCUUAACAACAACCACGCCCGAAACUACAACGUCUACUUUACCACCUACGCAUCCAACAACUACUGUUCCCUCUUCAACAACUACCUUAACAACAACCACGCCCGAAACUACAACGUCUACUUUACCACCUAAGCAUCCAACAACUACUGUUCCCACUUCAACAACUACCUUAACAACAACCACGCCCGAAACUACAACGUCUACUUUACCACCUACGCAUCCAACAACUACUGUUCCCACUUCAACAACAACCACGCCCGAAACUACAACGUCUACUUUACCACCUAAGCAUCGAACAACUACUGUUUCCACUUCAACAACUACCUUAACAACAACCACGCCCGAAACUACAACGUGUACUUCACCACCUCCGCAUCCAACAACUACUGUUCCCACUUCAACAACUACCUUAACAACAACCACGCCCGAAACUACAACGUCUACUUUACCACCUACGCAUCCAACAACUACUGUUCCCACUUCAACAACUACCUUAACAACAACCACGCCCGAAACUACAACGUCUACUUUACCACCUACGCAUCCAACAACUACUGUUCCCACUUCAACAACUACCUUAACAACAACCACGCCCGAAACUACAACGUCUACUUUACCACCUACGCAUCCAACAACUACUGUUCCCACUUCAACAACUACCUUAACAACAACCACGCCCGAAACUACAACGUCUACUUUACCACCUACGCAUCCAACAACUACUGUUCCCUCUUCAACAACUACCUUAACAACAACCACGCCCGAAACUACAACGUCUACUUUACCACCUAAGCAUCCAACAACUACUGUUCCCACUUCAACAACUACCUUAACAACAACCACGCCCGAAACUACAACGUCUACUUUACCACCUACGCAUCGAACAACUACUGUUUCCACUUCAACAACUACCUUAACAACAACCACGCCCGAAACUACAACGUGUACUUCACCACCUACGCAUCCAACAACUACUGUUCCCACUUCAACAACUACCUUAACAACAACCACGCCCGAAACUACAACGUCUACUUUACCACCUACGCAUCCAACAACUACUGUUCCCACUUCAACAACAACCACGCCCGAAACUACAACGUCUACUUUACCACCUAAGCAUCGAACAACUACUGUUUCCACUUCAACAACUACCUUAACAACAACCACGCCCGAAACUACAACGUGUACUUCACCACCUAAGCAUCCAACAACUACUGUUCCCACUUCAACAACUACCUUAACAACAACCACGCCCGAAACUACAACGUCUACUUUACCACCUACGCAUCGAACAACUACUGUUUCCACUUCAACAACUACCUUAACAACAACCACGCCCGAAACUACAACGUGUACUUCACCACCUACGCAUCCAACAACUACUGUUCCCACUUCAACAACUACCUUAACAACAACCACGCCCGAAACUACAACGUCUACUUUACCACCUACGCAUCCAACAACUACUGUUCCCACUUCAACAACUACCUUAACAACAACCACGCCCGAAACUACAACGUCUACUUUACCACCUACGCAUCCAACAACUACUGUUCCCACUUCAACAACUACCUUAACAACAACCACGCCCGAAACUACAACGUCUACUUUACCACCUACGCAUCCAACAACUACUGUUCCCACUUCAACAACUACCUUAACAACAACCACGCCCGAAACUACAACGUCUACUUUACCACCUACGCAUCCAACAACUACUGUUCCCACUUCAACAACUACCUUAACAACAACCACGCCCGAAACUACAACGUCUACUUUACCACCUACGCAUCCAACAACUACUGUUCCCACUUCAACAACUACCUUAACAACAACCACGCCCGAAACUACAACGUCUACUUUACCACCUAAGUAUCCAACAACUACUGUUCCCACUUCAACAACUACCUUAACAACAACCACGCCCGAAACUACAACGUCUACUUUACCACCUACGCAUCCAACAACUACUGUUCCCACUUCAACAACUACCUUAACAACAACCACGCCCGAAACUACAACGUCUACUUUACCACCUAAGCAUCGAACAACUACUGUUUCCACUUCAACAACUACCUUAACAACAACCACACCCGAAACUACAACGUGUACUUCACCGCCUACGCAUCCAACAACUACUGUUCCCACUUCAACAACAACCACGCCCGAAACUACAACGUCUACUUUACCACCUAAGCAUCCAACAACUACUGUUCCCACUUCAACAACUACCUUAACAACAACCACGCCCGAAACUACAACGUCUACUUUACCACCUAAGUAUCCAACAACUACUGUUCCCACUUCAACAACUACCUUAACAACAACCACGCCCGAAACUACAACGUCUACUUUACCACCUAAGCAUCGAACAACUACUGUUCCCACUUCAACAACUACCUUAACAACAACCACGCCCGAAACUACAACGUCUACUUUACCACCUAAGUAUCCAACAACUACUGUUCCCACUUCAACAACUACCUUAACAACAACCACGCCCGAAACUACAACGUCUACUUUACCACCUACGCAUCCAACAACUACUGUUCCCACUUCAACAACUACCUUAACAACAACCACGCCCGAAACUACAACGUCUACUUUACCACCUACGCAUCCAACAACUACUGUUCCCACUUCAACAACUACCGUAACAACAACCACUCCCGAAACUACAACGUCUACUUUACCACCUACGCACCCAACAACUACUGUUCCCACUUCAACAACUACCUUAACAACAACCACGCCCGAAACUACAACGUCUACUUUACCACCUACGCAUCCAACAACUACUGUUCCCACUUCAACAACUACCUUAACAACAACCACGCCCGAAACUACAACGUCUACUUUACCACCUACGCAUCCAACAACUACUGUUCCCACUUCAACAACUACCUUAACAACAACCACGCCCGAAACUACAACGUCUACUUUACCACCUACGCAUCCAACAACUACUGUUCCCACUUCAACAACUACCGUAACAACAACCACUCCCGAAACUACAACGUCUACUUUACCACCUACGCAUCCAACAACUACUGUUCCCACUUCAACAACAACCACGCCCGAAACUACAACGUCUACUUUACCACCUAAGCAUCCAACAACUACUGUUCCCACUUCAACAACUACCUUAACAACAACCACGCCCGAAACUACAACGUCUACUUUACCACCUACGCAUCCAACCACUACUGUUCCCAUUUCAACAACUACCUUAACAACAACCACGCCCGAAACUACAACGUCUACUUUACCACCUACGCAUCCAACAACUACUGUUCCCACUUCAACAACUACCGUAACAACAACCACGCCCGAAACUACAACGUCUACUUUACCACCUAAGUAUCCAACAACUACUGUUCCCACUUCAACAACUACCUUAACAACAACCACGCCCGAAACUACAACGUCUACUUUACCACCUAAGCAUCGAACAACUACUGUUCCCACUUCAACAACUACCUUAACAACAACCACGCCCGAAACUACAACGUCUACUUUACCACCUAAGUAUCCAACAACUACUGUUCCCACUUCAACAACUACCUUAACAACAACCACGCCCGAAACUACAACGUCUACUUUACCACCUACGCACCCAACAACCACUGUUCCCACUUCAACAACUACCUUAACAACAACCACGCCCGAAACUACAACGUCUACUUUACCACCUACGCAUCCAACAACUACUGUUCCCAUUUCAACAACUACCUUAACAACAACCACGCCCGAAACUACAACGUCUACUUUACCACCUACGCAUCCAACAACUACUGUUCCCACUUCAACAACUACCGUAACAACAACCACUCCCGAAACUACAACGUCUACUUUACCACCUACGCACCCAACAACUACUGUUCCCACUUCAACAACUACCUUAACAACAACCACGCCCGAAACUACAACGUCUACUUUACCACCUACGCAUCCAACAACUACUGUUCCCACUUCAACAACUACCUUAACAACAACCACGCUCGAAACUACAACGUCUACUUUACCACCUACGCAUCCAACAACUACUGUUCCCACUUCAACAACUACCUUAACAACAACCACUCCCGAAACUACAACGUCUACUUUACCACCUACGCACCCAACAACUACUGUUCCCACUUCAACAACUACCUUAACAACAACCACGUCCGAAACUACAACGUCUACUUUACCACCCAAGCAUCCAACAACUACUGUUCCCACUUCAACAACUACCUUAACAACAACCACGCCCGAAACUACAACGUCUACUUUACCACCUACGCAUCCAACCACUACUGUUCCCAUUUCAACAACUACCUUAACAACAACCACGCCCGAAACUACAACGUCUACUUUACCACCUACGCAUCCAACAACUACUGUUCCCACUUCAACAACUACCGUAACAACAACCACUCCCGAAACUACAACGUCUACUUUACCGCCUACGCACCCAACAACUACUGUUCCCACUUCAACAACUACCUUAACAACAACCACUCCCGAAACUACAACGUCUACUUUACCACCUAAGCAUCCAACAACUACUGUUCCCACUUCAACAACUACCUUAACAACAACCACGCCCGAAACUACAACGUCUACUUUACCACCUACGCAUCCAACAACUACUGUUCCCAUUUCAACAACUACCUUAACAACAACCACGCCCGAAACUACAACGUCUACUUUACCACCUAAGCAUCGAACAACUACUGUUUCCACUUCAACAACUACCUUAACAACAACCACGCCCGAAACUACAACGUCUACUUUACCACCUAAGCAUCCAACAACUACUGUUCCCACUUCAACAACUACCUUAACAACAACCACGCCCGAAACUACAACGUCUACUUUACCACCUACGCACCCAACAACUACCUUAACAACAACCACGCCCGAAACUACAACGUCUACUUUACCACCUACGCAUCCAACAACUACUGUUCCCACUUCAACAACUACCGUAACAACAACCACGCCCGAAACUACAACGUCUACUUUACCACCUACGCAUCCAACAACUACUGUUCCCACUUCAACAACUACCUUAACAACAACCACGCCCGAAACUACAACGUCUACUUUACCACCUAAGCAUCCAACAACUACUGCUCCCACUUCAACAACUACCUUAACAACAACCACUCCCGAAACUACAACGUCUACUUUACCACCUACGCAUCCAACAACUACUGUUCCCAUUUCAACAACUACCUUAACAACAACCACGCCCGAAACUACAACGUCUACUUUACCACCUAAGCAUCGAACAACUACUGUUUCCACUUCAACAACUACCUUAACAACAACCACGCCCGAAACUACAACGUCUACUUUACCACCUAAGCAUCCAACAACUACUGUUCCCACUUCAACAACUACCUUAACAACAACCACGCCCGAAACUACAACGUCUACUUUACCACCUACGCAUCCAACAACUACUGUUCCAUAUACACCUAAGCCACCAUGCCCAUCACCUAGUUUAUGUUGUCCUUAUCCGGUGCAUGUUCCUCAUUAUCCUUUUGCUUUCCCAUAUCCUCAUGGUUUCCAAUAUCGUUAUCCUUUGCCGUAUCCUCAUCUCUUCCCAUAUCCUUACCAAUAUCCAAUCCAGCAAGUGUAG